CAUGAUCGACAACAAGUGCUGCAUAAAACGAUGGACUGUGCGCCUUGGUUCAUGCUACGUGACAAUUAAGACUUGAGUUUCCUGUCAUCGAAAUUUUUUAUCAAAGAUAGUCCAACUUGACGAAACACUAAAUUGAUGUCUGUCGAAUAAGUGAAACGUCUUGUUGAAAAUCAUGGACAGCAGCAUCUAUACCAAGUUGGCUACGGUUCUUACUACGCACGAUAUCGAUGAAUUAGGCUUAUUACACAUUGUUCCUCCUGUCGAUGAAUUACCAGAGACCAGCGCAGAAUAUUAUCCUCUAGUGGUGGUAGAUACUAAACUCGGGAUCCCCAUUUUCUCUGUUCCAGCUAUUCUUGCCGAAGCCCAGAAAUGCUUUGUAAAACUACGUAUUGCCGAUGCUAUUCAUUCAGCACAAUGGAAGGAGCUCGAUAUCGUCACGCGAGUGAUGACGGUGGUGAAACCUGACAACUAUACCGCCAUGAAUACGAGAAAGCAGUUGAUAGUUUCCAAACUUGUUGCGGUAAAGGAUGAACUCGUGUUCCUGAAUCUCGUUUUUACCAUUCCCAAGCAUUCCAAAAGUUCCGUUGCCUGGCAUCAUCGGCAAUGGCUGUACACAGUUCGUGCCACAGAAACAGCAUCCGAUUCAUACAUGGAUGCGGAUGAAGUAGGUAAAGAGUUGGGAUUAUGCACGCGGGCCGCAACGCUUUAUCCUCGAAACUAUUAUGCAUGGACAUUUCGCCAUUGGUUACUGGAUACCACGAUAAUCCAUCAUCGUCAUUUACUUGAGACAGAGUUUAGUCAAGCACGGAGAUGGGUCGAACUGAACGUCAGCGAUCAUUCAGGCGUGCAGCAUUUGGAACGGGUUCUACAAGCAUUAUCGCCGCUCCCCUUUGAUUUUCAAGACCACAUUGUCUGGUUGAACGACCUUAUCAAAAGAUUCCCCGGACACGAAGCAUUAUGGUGCCAUCGACGGUUCUGUGUACACUUUGCCGAAACAUUAUCAUUAAAUUUGGCUCAGUAUUAUAAAGAACAGCAUCAGUUUGUUGAAGAUCGGAUAGGUGCAGCCGACGACGCGACGUUGGAAAAAGCUGCCAUGAAUACCGACACGGAGCUGGCUUUACGCUUUGGACUUUGGAUAUCGAUGCUAGAAAAGAAACAUGACUUGGUAAACCACCAAAAGAGAGCAAUGUAUCUUGCAAAGCUACAAUCAACGGCAACCAUUCCUAUAGUUUAUCAUCAACUUGAAUACUCAAAGUAAAAGAAUAAUCUUCAAG